UAUAUAUAUAUAUAGCAAACGGUUUAAGUAGUGUUUGUCAAUACAAUUUAGUAUUCAGCCAUGGCUUCUCAUGCAGCUUUGGCUCCUUCAAGAAUUCCCACAAGCACAAGGCUUCCUUCUAAGAACUCACACUCUCUCCCGACUCAAUGCUUCUCCAAGAAAUUUGAAGUAGCAGAGUUCUCCGGUCUUCGAUCAAGUGGAUAUGUGACAUUUUCGAACAGGGAGUCUUCCUUCUAUGAUGUUGUGUCUGCCCAACUCACUCCCAAGACCACAGGAUCAGCAGCUCCUGUGAACGGAGAACCUGUUGCCAAAUUGAAGGUUGCUAUCAAUGGUUUCGGACGCAUUGGCAGGAACUUCCUCCGUUGUUGGCACGGCCGCAAAGAUUCACCACUCGAUGUCAUCGUCGUCAACGACAGUGGUGGUGUCAAGAAUGCAUCUCACUUGCUUAAGUAUGAUUCCAUGUUGGGAACAUUCAAGGCUGAAGUGAAAAUAGUGGAUAAUGAAACCAUUAGUGUUGAUGGAAAGAACAUUAAGGUUGUCUCUAGCAGGGACCCUCUUAAGCUUCCUUGGGCUGAACUUGGUAUUGACAUUGUUAUUGAGGGAACCGGUGUGUUCGUUGAUGGUCCGGGUGCUGGGAAGCACAUCCAAGCUGGUGCCAAGAAAGUUAUCAUCACUGCUCCAGCAAAAGGUGCUGACAUUCCUACUUACGUCGUUGGAGUGAAUGAACAAGAGUACUCUCACGAGGUUGCCAACAUUGUAAGCAAUGCCUCUUGCACCACCAACUGCUUGGCUCCUUUUGCAAAAGUCUUGGAUGAAGAAUUUGGUAUUGUGAAGGGCACAAUGACAACAACUCACUCUUACACCGGAGAUCAGAGGCUUCUGGAUGCUUCACACCGUGACUUGAGGAGAGCGAGAGCUGCAGCAUUGAACAUAGUCCCGACCAGCACUGGUGCAGCAAAGGCUGUGUCUCUAGUGCUACCCCAGCUCAAGGGAAAGCUCAAUGGAAUUGCUCUCCGAGUGCCAACACCUAAUGUUUCAGUUGUUGACCUCGUUAUCAAUGUUGAGAAGAAAGGGAUUUCAGCUGAAGAUGUCAAUGCAGCUUUCAGAAAGGCAGCUGACGGUCCAUUGAAUGGCAUAUUGGCUGUUUGUGAUGCCCCGCUUGUGUCAGUUGACUUCCGAUGCAGCGAUGUUUCCACCACCAUUGACUCCUCUUUGACUAUGGUUAUGGGAGAUGACAUGGUGAAGGUUGUCGCUUGGUAUGAUAACGAGUGGGGAUACAGCCAACGUGUGGUCGACUUAGCUCAUCUGGUAGCGGACAAAUGGCCCGGUUCAUCUGCACAAGGGAGUGGAGAUGCCUUAGAGGACUACUGCAAGACAAACCCUGCUGACAAGGAGUGCAAAGUCUACGAAUAAUCCCUCUGCUUUCUUUUCAAUUUUGAAUUGGAUGGAUGAUUUUUGAAGCUAAUUUGUUUCCUUCGCCAAAAAUUAUACUGUGGAAACUGCAAAGCAAAUACCAUUAAUGAAUGACAGUCAACUCACACAGUUGAAAAU